AUGGCUUCCCUCUUGUGUUGUGGGCCCAAGCUGGUUGCCUGCGGCAUUGUCCUCAGUGCCUGGGGGGUGAUCAUACCAGUCCUUGGAAUUUUUUUCAGUGUCCAUUCUGCUAUGCUAAUUGAGGACAUACCUUUUACUGAGAGUGAUUUUACUGAGAGUAGUCCUCAGAAAAUCUAUGAACUUUAUGAACAAGUGAGCUGCAACUGCUUCAUUGCUGUUGGCCUCUAUCUCCUCUUUGGCAGCUUCUCAUUCUGCCAAGUCCGGCUCAACAAAUGCAAACAAUACAUGGUCAGUUAG